CUCCCCCUUCAUCAUCGUCUCCUUCUUCCAGUCUCUCUCUCUCCUGGUCGCUGGUCAGAAAAAUUAACCAAUCUAAUUCUUUCUCUCUCCUCUUCUCUUUCCUAUAAAACUAAUCUUCCAUUCUCAUUUUUCCACCAACACUACUUCGUUUUCUCCCCAAUUUUCUCUCUCCUCUUUUUUAUCCAUUGAUCAAAGGCCUGGUUGAAUCUGCAACAUGGCCACCGGGCAGCUCUUCUCGAAGACUACUCAAGCAUUAUUUUAUAAUUAUAAACAACUUCCUAUUCAGCGGAUGCUUGAUUUUGAUUUCCUAUGCGGGAGAGAAACACCAUCAGUUGCUGGAAUCAUCACUCCUGGUGCUGAGGGAUUUCAAAAAUUGUUCUUCGGCCAGGAAGAAAUUGCCAUCCCAGUACAUUCCACCAUCGAAGCAGCUUGUGCUGCGCAUCCCACUGCCGAUGUCUUUAUCAACUUUGCUUCUUACAGAAGUGCGGCUGCUUCUUCCAUGGCGGCAUUGAAACAACCAACCAUUAGAGUGAUUGCCAUAAUAGCCGAAGGUGUUCCUGAGUCGGACACCAAACAGUUGAUUGCAUUUGCCCGAGCAAACAAUAAGGUUGUUAUUGGUCCUGCUACUGUUGGAGGUAUCCAAGCUGGAGCCUUCAAGAUUGGUGACACUGCUGGGACUAUCGACAACAUUAUCCAGUGCAAGCUUUACAGGCCUGGAUCUGUUGGAUUUGUUUCUAAAUCCGGUGGCAUGUCCAAUGAAUUGUAUAAUACGGUUGCACGUGUAACCGAUGGGCUAUACGAGGGUAUUGCAAUUGGAGGAGAUGUCUUUCCUGGAUCAACUCUCUCAGACCAUGUGUUGAGGUUUAACAACAUUCCACAGGUUAAGAUGAUUGUUGUACUUGGAGAGUUGGGUGGACGAGAUGAAUACUCCCUUGUUGAAGCCCUGAAGCAGGGAAAAAUAAGUAAGCCAGUUGUUGCUUGGGUCAGUGGAACCUGUGCAAGGCUCUUUAAAUCAGAAGUGCAAUUUGGCCAUGCUGGUGCAAAAAGUGGUGGUGAAAUGGAGUCCGCCCAAGCAAAAAAUCAAGCAUUGAGAGACGCGGGAGCUGUUGUUCCUGACUCUUACGAAGCAUUUGAGGGUGCCAUCAAGCAGGCCUUUGACCAAUUGGCUGAAGAGGGAAAGAUCCCACCAGUGAAAGAAUUCACACCUCCACAAAUACCCGAGGAUCUCAACUCAGCAAUUAAGAGCGGAAAAGUUCGUGCUCCAACUCACAUCAUAUCUACCAUCUCUGAUGACCGAGGUGAGGAACCAUGCUAUGCUGGGGUUCCAAUGUCAUCCAUCAUUGAGCAGGGCUAUGGUGUUGGUGAUGUUAUUUCUCUGUUGUGGUUCAAGCGUAGUCUUCCCCGUUACUGUACACAAUUUAUCGAGAUUUGUAUCAUGUUGUGUGCCGACCAUGGUCCAUGUGUGUCUGGUGCUCACAACACAAUAGUAACAGCAAGAGCUGGAAAAGACCUUGUUUCUAGUCUUGUUGCAGGUUUGCUUACCAUCGGACCACGAUUUGGUGGGGCCAUUGAUGAUGCAGCACGAUACUUCAAGGAUGCAUACGACCGGAAUUUGACAGCUUAUGAGUUUGUCGAGAGCAUGAAGAAGAAGGGAGUUCGUGUUCCAGGAAUUGGACACAGGAUCAAGAGAGGGGACAACAGAGAUAAGAGAGUAGAGCUGUUGCAGGAAUUUGCCAGAACACAUUUUCCCUCAGUGAAAUACAUGGAAUAUGCUGUUCAAGUUGAGACUUACACUCUUUCAAAGGCAAACAACUUGGUUCUUAAUGUUGAUGGUGCUAUUGGGUCCCUCUUUCUGGAUCUCCUAUCUGGCAGUGGAAUGUUCUCAAAACCAGAGAUUGAUGAGAUCGUUGAGAUUGGUUAUCUCAACGGACUCUUUGUGUUGGCGCGUUCCAUUGGUCUCAUCGGGCACACCUUUGACCAAAAGAGAUUGAAGCAGCCACUAUACCGUCACCCAUGGGAGGACGUUCUCUACACAAAGUAAAAGGUUUUCUGAUGGCAUGGUGGAUGCCGACCUGCUUUCUUCAAGCAUUCUUUUCCAUAAUUUGGGGUGAUUUUAGGUUUUGUAUUUCAGGAAAUUUACUUUUUUGCCAAAGUUAGUGUUGUACUUGUAUGUACUGAUUAUUCCCUGAUUUUGGACGUUUCACUUGUAAGCCUCAACCCUCAAGGGACUCACUCGGUUCUUAGGUUGUAAGCCGGUCCAACAUUCUUUUGAAUUGAGUCCCUUCUCUUAAUAUACACCCUUUUCAAGAUA